CACAGACACCGUCGAGCGUGUGCAGCGAAACCGAACCCGAGUCCGGCAGAAAUCGUCUAGGCCUAUUUUCUGACCCUUUUAACAUCAUCUUCAAGAUGGCAUUUGCUACGAAAGUAAUCUCCCGUAGUAUGGUAACAUCUGCAGCAAGAAUGGCAGCUAUUAAGAAUGUAACAAUCAUAGGAGGAGGUCAAAUGGGUGCCGGUAUUGCUCAGGUAGCAGCACAGAGUGGACAUGCAGUCACUGUUGUGGAUCUGAGUCAAGAUGUCUUGGACAACUCCAAGGCCUACAUCCAGAAGAGCUUGGCCCGUGUCGCUAAAAAGAAAUACGCUGAAGACCCAGAUGGCGGCAAAGAGUUUGUGAACUCCGUCUUGGGAAAUAUCAGUAUGGUUACCGAUGCGGAGGGCCCGGUGGGCACAGCAGACCUUGUGAUAGAAGCCAUCAUUGAAAACAUCAAGAUCAAACAAGACCUAUUCAGCAAGUUAGACAAAAUAGCACCAGCUAACACAAUCUUUGCAAGCAACACAUCAUCAUUACAAAUCUCAGACAUCGCCAGUGUAACAUCGAGAAAAGACAGAUUUGGUGGACUUCAUUUCUUCAAUCCAGUAUCCAUGAUGAAACUAGUUGAGGUGGUGAGAAUAAACGAUACAAGCGAUGAUACGUAUAACAGCCUUAUGGAUUUCUCAAAAGCUGUUGGCAAGACACCAAUCACAUGCAGAGACACCCCAGGCUUUGUUGUGAACAGGCUGCUCGUGCCAUACAUGGGUGAAGCAAUAAGGAUGGUAGAAAGAGGUGAUGCUACCAUGAAGGAUGUGGACAUUGGUAUGAAGCUCGGAGCAGGUUAUCCCAUGGGACCAUUUGAGCUGGUGGACUACGUUGGUGUAGACGUCAUUAAGUUUAUUCUGGAUGGAUGGAGCGAAUCUUUCCCCGAUGAGCCUCUCUUCAAACCAAGCAAGAUGAUCAAUGACCUCGUAGCAGAGGGCAAGCUCGGUGUGAAAACGGGCGAGGGUUUCUACAAAUACAACAAAUAAAUAGAUCUAUUCAUUCUACAUUCCAUGGGAGUAUUUCACGAAGCAGAAUGUCAGUGAUUUUCACCGACUCUUGUUAUAAGCUACUAUGACUGACUUCAUCUGAUUGGCUGAGAGUGAAUUAGUAGUGAAAGUCACUGACAAAACUUUUCAGGAAUGCUCCCCAUAUCUUGCACUCUAAAAACAGUCAAUGUCUUGAAGACUUGGGGUGUUUUUAGAAAGUUGUCAGCACUGACUGUAAUACCGUAGUCACAGUUAGAGACCAGUGCUUCUCAGCCAAUCAAAACCAAGGAUAUCAAUUAAGUGUCAGACAACUUUCUUUAAACACCCUACAGGACCUCGGUACAUGCUGGUUAGAAGCCGACAGGUUGUGGCUUGGCUG